CACCUGCAAUCACCAACCAGAACCAAGAGACCUGCUGCACAUUGGCAAAGUCUGCAACAACCACAACUCCUCCUUCAGAGAGAGAAGAAGAAGAAGAAGAAAGCUACAGAGAUGGAGAUGUACAUGGAUGACAAGAGCAAGAUGCUGUUCAAGAAGGGCAGCCGGAGAUCGACGGCAAGCGAGGGGAGCCCGGCGGCGGGCUUCAAGGCCCGGACAUCGAGGGGCCCGGCGGCCCGGUCGGUGCCGGGCCGGCUGGCGAGCCUGGUGAAGGAGCAGAGGGCCAGGUUCUACAUCAUGCGCCGCUGCGUCACCAUGCUCGUGUGCUGGAGGGACUAGUGGAACUGGAAUGUAAGACUCCAGGGCCAUGGGCUCACCGGGGGCGUGUGACCGGGCCCAAUUGGGCCUAGUCUGGUGGUAGGUUCAUGUGCCAUAGUGACUGACUGUUCUUCCUCACAGUCAGAGGAAGAGGGAUCAGAGAUGUGCCUGUUCUGUGGCCAUCCUGUGCUUGACAGUGUUUAUAGUGUCAGAAAAUUAGUUCCUGUUCUGUCUGAAUGACAGCGUUGUUUGCUGCAAAAGGCUAAUACGCUCCUGACUUCCGUGUAAAUUAAGGUUCCUGUUGCCAUGUUGUGUUUUUUCCCUGCGGGUAUCACAAGUCUGAACUCUCAACAAGGCAAGAUGAUGGUCAAUAUGGCCAUGUCGUCCCUUGACAAACAGUAUCCAUACAUGAAAGUUGCGUUGUUAGCAGCCACUGCAUUUUUUUUGAAUGGGAGGAUGCAUAUUAUGACCA